GGCGGAGCGGGGCCGGGCGGAAGGAGCUGCUGGCGGUGUGGCGACACGUGCGAACGGCGGGACCCGGAUGGCGCGGCCGCCGGGCCCGCCGAGCCGGCCGCCCACGGCGAUGAUCGCGGAGAAGCUGCGGGAGGCGCUGGAGCCGGGGCGGCGGGAGGCGGCGGCGGAGCUGGGCCGGCCGCUGGCCGCCGCCGCCCGCUCCGUGCUGCAGCAGCGCAUCGAGUUCGUGCCCGCCCGGCGCGGCCUGGCCGGGCAGCUGGGCCACCUGCGGCACAAGUACGAGCACAUCGGGGCCGAGCCCACCGGCCGCCCCCUCGGCGUCACCGGCGGCCUUGCGGAGCGGCCGCAGAACCCCCCGGGACACGGCCAUGCCCCGCCGCGGCCCGCGGGGGACGGGAUCCCCCCGCCGCAGAAGGUGCUCUUCCCGGCCCACAGCCUCUCCAUGAAGUGGGAGCGGGUCCACAGAGUGGGCGCCGGGCUGAGCAACCUGGGCAACACCUGCUUCCUGAACUCGGCGCUGCAGUGCCUGACCUACACCCCGCCGCUCACCAACUACCUGCUGUCCCGGGAGCACGGGCGCACCUGUGCCCACGGAAGCUUCUGCAUGAUGUGCACUAUGCAGAACCACACGAUUCAGGCUUUUGCCAACAGCGGCAAUGCAAUAAAGCCACUCUCCAUCAUCCGAGACCUCAAGAAGAUUUCCCAUAACCUGCGCUUCGGCAGGCAGGAGGAUGCACACGAGUUCCUGCGCUACACCAUCGAUGCCAUGCAGAAGGCCUGCCUGAAUGGCUACACCAAGCUGGAUCGCCAGACCCAGGCCACAACUCUGGUUCACCAGAUCUUCGGCGGUUACCUGCGCUCCCGUGUGAAAUGCUUGGAGUGCAAGACUGUCUCGGAUACCUACGACCCUUACCUGGACGUGACCCUGGAGGUCGAGCGAGCCGCAAACAUCGUGCGGGCCUUGGAGCUGUUUGUGAAGCCAGAGCAGCUGGGUGGGGACAACGCCUACAGGUGCAGCAUGUGCAGGAAGAAAGUGCCAGCCAGCAAACGUUUCACCAUCCACCGAGCCUCCAACGUUCUCACCAUCUCACUGAAACGCUUUGGCAGCUGCGGCCCUUCCGGUGGAAGGAAAAUCACCAAGGACGUGGGGUACCCUGAGAUCCUGGACAUCCGGCCGUACAUGUCGGAGCCCAAGGGCGAUCCCAUCACGUAUGGGCUCUAUGCAGUGCUGGUGCACUCUGGCUACAGCUGCAACGCUGGGCACUACUUCUGCUAUGUGAAGGCCAGCAAUGGGCAGUGGUAUCGAAUGAAUGACCACGAGGUGCACCCCAGCAACAUCAAGGUGGUUCUCAACCAGCAGGCCUAUGUGCUGUUCUACCUGAGGCUGGGCAGCCCCAGGAAGAGCUCAGCAGGGCCCGUGGCCACGGCUGCCUUCAGCCCACCCAGCUGCCCUGCCAGUGACUCCAAACCAGUGAAGAAACCUGCCACUAACGGGACCCUGUGUGUGCCACCCAUGGGCCCGAAACAAGACAAGCUGCUGGGGAAGGGGCUGCCAGCCCCAGGUGAUGUUGGAGUCCCUGUUGCCCGCAGCUCUCCUGGGAUGGGGUCAAAGCUGACAAACGGAGUUGCUCUGUCAAAGCUUCCCUUUCAGACCCCAUCAUCCAAACUGCCCCACAAAGGCACCCACGAGGCCGCUGUGCUGGGCUGUGACACAGGCCAGAGGCCCAGGAAGCCGCAGGCACCUGGCAUGCCCAGAGCAGGCUUCCAUGCCACCAGCGCCAUGUGCAGGGCCACAGCCGGGCUGCCCCCACAGGGCUCGGGCAGUGAGAAGGCACCUACCUCAUCCCAGCUGCUGAAGUCCAGCCAGGAAACCAGUGCCUGCGGGGCCAGGACCCUGAAGAAGAAUUCCUGGGGCAGCACAGCAGGGCAGCUGGCCAAGGAGAGCCACGGGGCCCGGAGCAGUUCCAGCAGCUUCUGCCCCUCUCAGGGAAGGGACUGUGGCACCCCCCUCCCUGCUGGCCCUGGCACCAAGCCGGCUGUCCCCAAAGACUCUGACCUGGCUGUCCCCAGAAGCCCUGGGGCAGCCCCUGUGAAGCCCUCCCCGCUGGGCAGCACUGCCCUGCAGUGGGGCAGCACCACGGCAGCGCUGCUGGCCAGGAAACCGGAGCUCUCAGCCAAGCAGGGCAAAGCCUCUCAGAAGGUGAGCGUGAGUGAGCACCAGGCACAGCCCCAGCCCUCAGGCACCCAUCCUGCCUCCAGUCCCGGGCCUCUGGGCCAGUCCAGGGACACGGGGGCUGGCCACCAACAGCCGGAGGGUUCCUUCAAAAGGAGGCGAAGGAAGAGGAAACACCGUAGCACAGAGCAGAGCCCCUGUGCUGAGGCUGUGAAGGACGGGGAUGAAGUCUCCAGCCCUCCCAAGAAGGAGAGGAUUGUUUCUCCAGAGGGCUGCGAGGACAAAGAGUCCAGGCUCCCCAAGAAGGAGGGCACUGCCUCUCAGGACUCCGCUGAUAAAGACUCCAGGCCCCCCAAGAAGAAAAUUGCUGCUCCAGGGGACUUGGUGUCUGUCGUGGGGAAGGAGGGGGCACACGAGGGUCUCUGCCAUGGUCUGGCCUGUCAGGACAUGAAGAGUGGGCCCACGCAACAUGUGCCAGAGCCCAGUACUGGCCUGGGCAUGGAGCCAGCCUCACCCCUCAAGAGGAAGAAGAAGAAGAAAAAGAAGAACAGGAGCAAAGACAGCCCUUUGAAGAAGACAGAAGAGUGCAGCUCUGGAGUGCUGUCCUCAGACAGCUCCAGGACAGCUGAGCCAGAGCCCUGUGGGACACAGCAGAGCCCAGUGGAGGCUGGAGAGCACAAGCACCGCAAGCGCAAGAGGAUGGAAAGCCUCAGCAGCCUGGCUGCCAGCACCGUCCCUGCCACCACUGCCACCACCCCAGUGGCAGCGCGUCCCAGUGGCAGCCAGGCUGGGGAUGAGAGACCCGCCCUGGCUGCCCCGAGCCCUGUGGCCAGCAGCUGGGCUGGCACAGCCCCUGAGGGCCGCGAGUCCAGCGUGGUGGACAAGCUGCUCCAGAACUCCUUGGACAAGGCUUACGGCAAACAAGUGUUGACGUGGCAGGGUGAGAUUUCGGCCGUGAGCCAGGAUGCCAUUCGGGACACAGCCCUGGCCCAAAGCAAGACCGUCAUUGACGAGUGGGACCAGGAGUUCGACAAAGGAAAGGUAAAGAAAAUGAAGAAGAUGAAGCAGGAGCGGAGGAGAGACUCAAAUCCGUUCCAGAAGUUGCAGAACAAGCGCAACUUCUGGUUGAUGUCGCAUCCUGCCAAGAUGGCCAGCCUGGGCCACCGGCUCUCGGGUUGACAUCUGCAUCCCCACUGCUCAGCAGCAGUCCCGGGUCAGGGACCGAGGGCAGCGCUGUCCUGGGAGCUGGCGGUGGAGCUGAGAGGGGAGGGAAUAGAGCCACAGCCCUGGGCUUGUGCCUUCUCCUUCGGGGAGCUGCUUUCCAGCCGCACAGGAGCCUGCCCACGCUGCCUCGCCUCCAGCCUGCCUCGGCCGGGCUCCUCAUCAUCCUCUCCGUGCCUGUCCCCCCCUGCCCCAGCCCGCGCCUGCGGGGGCUCCUGGCAAGUGCCUCAAGCCGGUCCCUGCUGCUCCGUGCUGCUGUGCCUCCCCUUUGCCGCCGUCACCGGCCCUCACUCCGUGGCGCCCCAGCCCUGCACCAGCUCAUGGAGAGCCUCCCCCGGCCCGUGUCGGCCCGGCCCGCGCUGGCGCGGGGGCACCGGGGGAUGGAUCGAUCCCUGCGGGGCCGGAGCGCUGCCGGGGCUGCGGGAACUGAAGGAUGGAACUGAAUAAAUCCCGGUCUUUGACACUCG